AUGGCGGAAACACUGGAGUUCAACGACAUCUAUCAGGAGGUGAAAGGCUCCAUGAAUGAUGGUCGGCUGAGGUUGAGCCGCCAGGGUAUCAUCUUCAAGAAUAGUAAGACGGGCAAAGUGGACAACAUCCAGGCUGGGGAGUUGACAGAAGGCAUCUGGCGCCGUGUCGCCCUGGGCCACGGACUGAAACUGCUUACAAAGAACGGCCAUGUCUACAAGUAUGACGGCUUCCGAGAAUCGGAGUUUGAGAAACUCUCAGAUUUCUUCAAAACUCACUAUCGUCUUGAGCUUAUGGAGAAGGACCUCUGUGUGAAGGGCUGGAACUGGGGAACGGUGAAGUUUGGUGGGCAGCUGCUUUCCUUUGACAUCGGUGACCAGCCGGUCUUUGAGAUCCCCCUGAGCAACGUGUCCCAGUGUACCACAGGCAAGAAUGAGGUGACACUAGAAUUCCACCAGAACGACGAUGCAGAGGUCUCUCUCAUGGAGGUGCGCUUCUAUGUGCCUCCCACCCAGGAGGAUGGCGUGGACCCUGUUGAGGCCUUUGCCCAGAACGUGCUGUCCAAGGCGGAUGUGAUCCAGGCCACUGGAGACGCCAUCUGCAUCUUCCGGGAGCUGCAGUGUCUAACUCCCCGAGGCCGUUAUGACAUUCGGAUCUACCCCACCUUUCUGCACCUGCACGGCAAGACCUUCGACUACAAGAUCCCCUAUACCACCGUGCUGCGUCUCUUUCUGCUGCCUCACAAGGACCAGCGCCAGAUGUUCUUUGUGAUCAGCCUAGAUCCCCCCAUCAAGCAGGGCCAAACCCGUUACCACUUCCUGAUCCUCCUCUUCUCCAAGGAUGAGGACAUCUCCUUGACUCUCAACAUGAACGAGGAAGAGGUGGAGAAGCGCUUUGAGGGGCGGCUCACUAAGAACAUGUCAGGAUCCCUGUACGAGAUGGUCAGCCGGGUCAUGAAAGCCCUGGUCAACCGCAAGAUUACAGUCCCAGGCAACUUCCAAGGGCACUCAGGGGCCCAGUGCAUUACCUGCUCCUACAAGGCGAGCUCAGGACUGCUGUACCCCCUGGAGCGGGGCUUCAUCUACGUCCACAAGCCCCCCGUGCACAUCCGCUUCGAUGAGAUCUCCUUUGUCAACUUCGCCCGCGGCACCACCACCACUCGCUCCUUUGACUUUGAAAUUGAGACCAAGCAGGGCACCCAGUACACCUUCAGUAGCAUUGAGAGGGAGGAGUAUGGGAAACUGUUUGAUUUUGUCAACGCAAAAAAACUCAACAUCAAGAACCGAGGAUUAAAAGAGAAAAAAGAGGGCAUGAACCCAAGCUACGACGAGUAUGCCGACUCUGAUGAGGACCAGCAUGAUGCCUACUUGGAGCGGAUGAAGGAGGAGGGCAAGAUCCGGGAAGAGAAUGCCAACGACAGCAGCGAUGACUCAGGAGAAGAAACCGAUGAGUCAUUCAACCCAGGUGAAGAGGAGGAAGACGUAGCAGAGGAACAGGAGUGGGAUCGCAAGGCUGAGGAUGCCAGGAGGGAAUAUGAAAAAGCCAUGAAAGAAUAUGAAGGGGGCCGGGGUGAGUCUUCUAAGAGGGACAAGUCAAAGAAGAAGAAGAAAGUAAAGGUGAAGGUGGAAAAGAAAUCAACGCCCUCGAGGGGUUCAUCAUCCAAGUCGUCGUCAAGGCAGCUGAGUGAGAGCUUUAAGAGCAAAGAGUUUGUGUCCAGUGAUGAGAGCUCUUCUGGAGAGAACAAGAGCAAAAAGAAGAGAAGGCGGAGCGAGGACUCUGAAGAGGAGGAGCUGGCCAGUACUCCCCCCAGCUCAGAAGACUCAGCAUCAGGAUCUGAUGAGUAG